AUGGGAUGGAUUUUUGAAGUUGUAUGUCCCUGUGAACACUUCAGGGAAGCGACACUGUUGUCAGCUGACUUCCAACCUGAUUUAAAUGAAGAAACUUUGUUAGACUUUUACAAGAAACUCGAUGAAUAUUAUGACACUCUGACUUGGAUGAGAGUGACAACCUGGUUAAAUGUCAAAGUAUCAAAAGUCACCAGAAGGACUGGCAGAUGGAAAUCAGUACUACCUUACAUUGACUCAAAUCACUGGAGGAAAAAUUAUCACGAUACCAUGAAUGAUCCUUCGUCGCUAAGACCUCAGAUGCUCUUGCCUAUUAUGACAAAGGGCCUUGAACAUCUUGAUAAAAGAAGAAUAAUUAUUUCAGUGGAUCAUGAUCAGUUACAUCAAUUUGGAUUUAUCAAAGACAACGGAACACAAGAAGCAAUAGACUCUCUACUGACCGAAAAAAAAGACAAGGAGAUAAAUGACGGAUACGGGCGGAUCUGCCCUUCAUGUGAAGUGAAACCCACAAUCCCAACAAGUGUAGGCUGCGAAACCAAUCCCGACUCCAUUACCACAGAACAACAGCUGCCGCGUAAGCUAGAGACGAGAAGCACCCAAACCAGAGAGUGGAAAGACGGCAGAGACUACGUAGAAAAAGGACUCUCUACAUACGACCAAUGGUCAAGUAUCAAACUAAUGGAGUGGGAGGAGGAUCUAUUCACCAAUACUACCAUCAAAGUAGGCAAUCCUAUACAGACCGAUGCUGCAACGGUAAAAGUGGUCAUGGUGGAACUGAACUAUCCCAAAAGCAUACAAACCAUUAGUUAUCGUGUAUCUUCUGUAAGUUCUGAGACGUCCCUAGCUAACACAAGUAAACCUCGUAUAGAACAUGGCUACGAUUGUGCACCUCGGCAAUAUCCCUUUUUGGUGAAAGUAACAUUGGUCAAGGAUGCAACUGAUUACAGUUUCUUUAUCGGAUCUGGAACUUUGAUCAGUCCAAAAUGGGUACUCACUUCGGCCGUUCCGGCGUGUUUGAAAGAAAUGGCUGACGAAAUCUUUGGGUCACUUGGUAUAAAGAUUCCCAAAUCUUGUAAUAUAAAGAUUCAUUCUGCUUCGGAAGAUAUCGAUUGGGUAUCUCUUGUUUCAAAAACCUAUACUCAUCCAAAAUUUUCAGUAAAUAAGAAGGACUUGAAAUUCGAAAAUGACAUAGCAUUGUUUGAGUUAAUGAAAGAGGUACCCAAAACAUACAACUUGAAAUUUAUAGCUCUACCUGAAAGUAGUACUUUCAAUCCAGAUUGUACAGAAGGUUUGAUUAUGGGAUGGGGAUCGAAUGAGAUAGAGUUACCAGUGGAUUGGAAGGGAAUAAAUAUGGGGGAUUUGAAGGGAAUAAAUAUGGGGGAUAUACUAAAAGUAGUACAGGAAUUUCAAAAUAUAUUUUCCCAGUUAUCAUCAUCAGAUAAACUCAAGUGUGGUAAGGUUCCUCUCAUUUCCGACCCAACUUGCUCGAAGAUGCUUACCGACGCUAAUGCAGACCCAUUAAACUCUGAUCAAAUGUGCUCUUUCUCAAAAUCAUCUGAGAAGAAACCCAAUCCAGGAUUAAGAGAUUAUGGGGGUCCGUUAAUAUGUGGAGACGUCCAAAUUGGCAUUAUUACGGUAUCGCCUAAAAAAAUUAAGAACUUUUUUUUAUCUUCUGGUACAGAUGCUCCAAGAACUUAUACCAAAGUAUCCAGUCAUUUGGAUUUCAUUCAUGCAACUAUGUCUGGAUCUGUGAAUUUGAUUAGUUUUUCUUUUCCGUCAAGAAUAAGAAAUUCGAAGAAACUUAUGAUAGAAGUAGCGCAAGAUGAAAAGGAUCGAAUUGAAAAAUUUCAAGUAUUAGAUAUUGUUAAAGAAAAUUGCUUAUCAGCAUUUUCCUUCAUUGAGCUUUCAAAUAAAACUUAA